GUGUGAGUCUCUGUGAGUCCUGUAAGGUUUUUGACAGACUUUGUGUGAAUCAGGGUCUCAAGAAGAAGGAACAUUGGGAACAUCAGGAUGUCUGUCUCAAGAGGAGUUAUCAGAACAGGCUUCACAGGCCCAGGAUCUUGAGAGACUGGCUCAUCUCUGCAUCAUGAGCAAAAGACCCCACCUUGCUUUAGAAUACAGUGGCAAGGCCACUAAAAUCCACCAGAGGGCUUUUGGUAACGAUCACCCCAUCACAGCCCGGAGUCUGGAGCUGCUAGCCACCGUCUAUGCAGAGAUCGGCAAAACAGAAUAUACAAAUUCAUUGGGAGAGUGUGUGUCGACUCUUUCCAAAAGGUUCUCAGCCACCGAGUCAUUCAGUGACGCUCUGAGUAGCAUCUCUCAUAGCCAUAAAGACAGACACUCUGAGCUGCGACACAGAAAAGAGCCAUACAUACAACAGGAAACUCCUAAAACAAAGGUCAUAAAUGAAAAACUGCCCACCUCUAUUCUGAAAAGGUCCAGUGUGAGCAAUGUGGAGUCAGACUCAUCACGCAAGCGAAAAACUGAGAGGCGGGUUCGCUUCAGAGAGCCGGAGAUCACUGUUCAUGACAUUCCAUACUAUGACUGUUUAGGAGUCUAUGACACUCCCCAAAGCCGUUUGCACCUGGCCCUGCUCACCUGCCUGUUCCUGCUUCUGUCUGCGCUGGGUCUGGCACUGUACUGCACGGACCGCCGGAGACCCCAGCGCGCCUGCGAAGAGCUGCAGACUGCACUGGCUGUGUACCUACUUCAGUUCAAACAGAUUGUUUGGGCCUGCUGGAUCUGGCUGACCAUGCAAUGACCAUAACUGACCACAGGGGGCAGCAACAGGCAGGGAAAAACCCCAUAAAAGGUCAGGAUGUUUUUUGAAGGACUGUGGAGGAAAUAAGAGCUAAAGAAUGGUCCUCUUGUUUUUUUAUUGCUUUAUUUUCACUGUUAUAAUCAGACUGGCCACCAGUCAAAUUUUCUGAGGAUGUUCAACAUCCCCCUCUUUGAUUUUGUGGUUGAUUAAAGGCCAUGUGCUUUUCACACCAUUAAGGUAUGGUGUGCCUUUUUGCCCUUUAUGGUGGCAUAGCUAAUGCCACAUCCUCAUUAUACUGAGCCGUGUAUAUUUAGAUCUCUGUAUGUAGCUGUUUUUUCUUGUAUAGCGGUUCUGGAUGAAAUGUUUUAAAGGAAUAGUUCACCAAAAAUAAACAUUUUCUAAACAUUUUCUCAUCCUCAGGUCAUCCAAUAUGUAAAUGAGUUUGUUUCUAUAUUGGAACAGAUUUGGAGAAAUUUAGCAUUCGAUAAAUGGCUCACCAGUGGAUCAUCUGUAGUAAAUGGGUGCCAUCAGAAAAAUGUCAUGAUUCAAAAGUAUUCCACCCGUUUUGUGAAGCAAAAAUGCAUUUGUGAGGAACAAAUCCAUCGUUAAGACGUUUUAAAACCCUUUUACUUGUGAAUUACUGUGAUGUUUUUAUCAGCUGUUUGGACUCUCAUUCUGACGGCACCCAUUCACUACAGAGUAUUCAUUAGUGAGCAAGUGAUGUAAUGCUAGAUAUCUCCAAAUCUGUUCCGAUGAAGAAACAAACUCAGUCUGAGUUUGAGUACAUUUUCAGUUCAUUUUUAUUUGUGGCUGAAUGUUUCCUUUAAAGCAUAUUUUGGUCCUUUUGCAAAGAAUACUUGUGCAGCAAUAUUAAUUAAAACCUUUAGCACUCAGAAUUAAACUAGACUGUUGAGAGAGAAAACAAAUGAAUGAAUUCCAUCCAUAGGUAGAGCCCGACUGAUAUUAAUAGGUCAGUAUUAUCAGUCAAAUAAGGCAUGCAAGACAUUGAAUACUUUUACAAGCCUCUAAUAAGCUAUAUGAAAAAGAGCCACAUGUAACGGUGAGUACAUGCAUAAUAUCAUGUGCAUUGUCACAAAUAGUGACAUUUUAGUGCAGAGAAAGCGUAGACACAUCGCAUGUGCUUAUAGAAUGAGUAAACGCAUGGCUGGAUCAUAUCCUGCUUUUGCUGUUCUUUGUGUUCAUUUGCUUUAUAUAAUAUUUACCUCAAAGUUUUCUCUCAAAAAUUUGGGGAUAUAAGUAGCAAUAUAAGGGCUCUCUGAUUUAAAGAGUGAAUUUAGGAAACUGCUGAAAUAAUUUUACUGUAUUACAAAAAUAAAGCCAGAAUUGAGUUGGAAA